CCCCACUCGUGUAAAAAUACCUUUCGCCUUCUCCCUUUUCUGACAUUUGUGAGAGUUCGGAGGUUGCGACAACUCGCCCUCGCUCUCUCUUUUCCCUUCCGCGGCUCCGAACCCUCCUCCCUCGCCCUCUCUCCGUCGCCUUCAGCCGCCUCCGAUCUCAAAACUCACAACCUUCGUCGAGUUCAGGUCGACGACCGACGCCCGACGCCUCCGCCUUCCAAAUCCCUACUUUCGCCUUCGCUCACUUUCAGCUCGAGAUCAAGGAAAUAGCACGGGUUUUGAUUGCUGAAUCGGAAGAGAAGAUGUUCGGUUCUUCUAAUCCUUUUGGGCAGUCAUCUAGCAGCCCAUUUGGGUCUCAAUCGGUAUUUGGGCAGACCAGCAGCACAAAUAACAAUCCUUUUGCCCCUAAGCCUUUUGGUAGCACAACCCCAUUUGGUGCGCAAACAGGGAGUAACAUGUUUGGAGGAACUUCAACUGGUGUAUUUGGUGGCGCAACUCAAGCCUCUUCAUCUUUUCCUUCCUCCACAACCUUCGGUGCUGCAUCCUCACCAGCUUUUGGAAAUACAACGCCUGCUUUUGGAGCAACUUCUAGUUCUUCACCAUCACCUUUUGGUGGUUCAUCUGGUUUUGGUCAGAAGCCUGUGUUUGGAGCAUUUGGGUCCAAUCCUGCUCAAGCAAGUCCUUUUGGAACUACAACUCAACCAUCACAGCCAGCAUUUGGGAGCAGUAUAUUUGGUUCCUCCACGCCAUUUGGUGGAUCAAGUCAGCCAGCAUUUGGUGCUACCACCACCCCAGCUUUUGGUGCUACAAGCACUCCUGCCUUUGGUGCUACAAGCACCCCAGCCUUUGGUGCUACAAAUGGUCCAGCUUUUGGUGCUACCACCACCCCAAGUUUUGGUGCUACAAGCACCCCAGCUUUUGGAGCUACAAGUAGCCCAGCCUUUGGUUCCACAACAAGUCCUACAUUUGGAAGCACAGGAGCUGCAUUUGGGGUGUCAAGUUCUCCCUUGUUUGGAUCUGGGGGAGCAUUUGGGGCUUCAAGCGCUCCGGCUUUUGGUUCAUCUAGCUCGACCUUUGGUACUUCAAGUAAUCCAGCUUUUGGUGCUUCAAGUGCUCCUGGUUUUGGUUCAUCCAGUACUCCAUCUUUCAGCUUUCCAUCAACUCCUGCCUUUGGCCAAUCAAGUUCUACAUUUGGUAGCAGUCAAUUUGCCGCUUCAUCUCCUUUUGGAGCACAGAGUUCUCCAUUUGGAGCUCAAUCAACAACAUUUGGGAACACUAGUGCCUUUGGGCAGUCAGCUUUUGGGGGCCAGCAACGCGGAGGCAGUAGAGUGGUUGCAUAUGCUGCAACUCCUGAACCCGAUGGUGGAACUGGGACUAGUGCUGCUGGGAAAUUGGAGUCAAUAUCGGCAAUGCCACAAUAUAAAGAAAAAAGUCAUGAGGAACUCCGCUGGGAGGAUUAUCAAUUGGGGGAUAAAGGUGGUCCAGCUCCUGCUGGUGGGAGUGGGUUUGGCAUUACCACCUCACAGCCAAACCCUUUGAAUUCUGCACCGACAUUUCCUCAAGCAUCAAGUCCUUUUAAUGCCACAACUUCAUCUAAUUUGUUUGCUCCAAAAACUUCAUCCUUCACUAAUACAGGCUUCACAACAACGUCUACACCAUUCAGCUCAUCAAGUUUUGGGAUUUCUACUUCAACCAGUCCUUUUGCACCAUCACAACCUUCUACAGUUUUCCCUCAAACCUCAUCUCCGUCUCUCUUUAGUUCGUCAAGCUCUGCAUUUUCAUUUUCUGCUCCGGCUGCGACAACAACUUCCACAUUUAAUUCAAAUCCAUUCAAUCCCACACCUCCGGCUGCCCAGACAGGUGGUGCUUUUACCAGUCCAUUUGGGCAGAAUACAACCCCGUUUGCUCAGCCAUUUAGUAACCCUUCUACUGGCUUUGGUUUGGGGAUCCCCUCUGCUGCUGGGGCUACAAGCAGUCAAAUGGGUUUUAGUCAACCAACUCCAACUUCUUUUUCUAUGCCUUUCUCAUCUCAGCCAACUCAGAAUAGUGGUUUCAACUUCAACAGUUUUAAUCAAACUCAGCCAGGCAACACAAGUGGCUUGGGAGGAGGUUCAACAGGAAUUCUUGGUCAGAAUAACUAUGGACAGUUGCCUGCAACGCAAAGCUCUGCAGCUGUACAACCAGUCCCUGCUACAAAUCCAUUUGGAACGCUCCCUGCAAUGCCACAAAUGUCAAUUAGUCGUGGUGGAACUGCACCAUCAAUUCAAUAUGGAAUUUCGAGCAUGCCUGUCGUAGACAAACCUGCACCUGUUAAAGUAUCAUAUUUGUUGACCUCUCAACACCUGUCGCAGAGGCGGGUCAGGUUACCUGCGAGAAAAUAUAAUCCUAAGAAUGACGAUCCAAGGUUCCCUUUCUUUAUUGACGAUGAAGAAAUAGACAGCACGCCCAAGGCGGAUGCUCUUUUCCUUCCCAGAGAAAACCCAAGAGCACUCGUCAUUCGUCCAAAAGAACAGUGGCCUCAAAGGGUUGGUGCUGAGAAAGCAUCCCCAUUAAAGGAUACCUCUACUCCGGUUCAUGAGAAUGAAACUCGAGAAGAAAAUGGCUAUGUGAAAGAGCGGGCGGAUCAUGCCAAAGUCAACCAGAAACUGAAUGGAGUUCAUGAUGAUCAUUGUGUUCAGAAAGGGGACUCUUACAUGACACUAAGUGGGCAUAGAGCCGGUGAGGCUGCUAUUGCAUAUGAGCAUGGCGCUGACAUUGAGGCACUAAUGCCAAAGCUCCGUCGUACUGACUACUAUACAGAGCCUCGAAUCCAAGAAUUGGCAGCUAAGGAAAGGGCAGAACAAGGGUUCUGCUGUUGUGUCAAGGAUUUUGUGGUUGGACGAGUUGGGUAUGGUAGCAUCAAGUUCUUUGGGGAGACAGAUGUGCGAUGCCUUGAUCUUGAGGCUCUCGUGCAGUUCAACAACCGGGAGGUGAUAGUUUAUAUGGAUGACAGUAAGAAACCUCCUGUCGGGCAUGGCCUCAACAAACCUGCUGAGGUUACACUUCUCAACAUUACAUGCACUGACAAAAAAACAGGGCAUCGGUUCACAGAAGGGCCGAAGACAGAGAGAUACAAGCAGAUGCUGAAGAAGAAGGCAGAGGAUCAAGGAGCCGAGUUUGUUUCUUAUGACGCCUUGAAAGGCGAGUGGAAGUUCAGGGUAAAGCACUUCAGUAAGUACGAGUUGGGAGAAGAAGACAACUGGGAUACCGAUGCUGCUGCUCCUGCCCAAGAUUGCUGACGGAAUAUGAAGUUUGAUCCGAUGUGUUAAAUAUGUGGUUCGGGGAAUGUUUGCGUGUUUUUCAUUAGGAAGGUUUGGUUUGUGUUUUUUUGUGGUGGAUGCGGCUUAAAUUUGGAAUUGUAUAGAAUUUUGGGAUGUGGUAUAUAGCUGUUGAACCCCUUCUGGCGCUCUGACUAUUAUCUACUGGUGUGUUGUGUUU